AUGACAAACUUAGAAAACAUCUGCGGUAAAUUUAACUCUUCAAUAGAGAAUAUGAAACUUAUAGUAUGUAACGAACUUCAAAGUAUAGAUACAACAAAAGUUUUGAACUCAGAUGCUUUGAAGAGUCUUAUAACAGACAAAGUUGGAGUUGUUGAAAGAAAAUAUAAAGACCAAAGAGUUUGUGAAAAUGUUGCAAACUUCGUUAUGGUUUCAAACAAUGCUGUUCCGAUGAAGUUAGAAAGUUCUGACAGAAGAUAUGUAGUUGUCAGAACGUCAGAUUCUCAUAUGCAAGAUACAGAAUAUUUUGACGCUUUGUCAGAAACUUUGACAUCUGACUUUUACAACCACUUGUUCUCAUAUUUCAUGACAUUAGAUAUUUCUAAGUUCAAUCCAAGACAAAUUCCACAUACCGAAGAGAGACAAACAUUGUUAGAAGCAAACAAGAGUGUAUAUGAACUGUUCAUAGAUGAAACUGACUUUGUGUCAUUAGAUGAAAGGUCAUUGUACGAUUCGUAUAAACAAUAUUGUCAAGAAUAUGGUUAUAUGACAGCGUCUAAACGAACAUUCUUGGCAAAUGUCAAAAGUCUUUUAGACGUACAGAAUGGUGUAUAUACAAAGAAAAAUUUUUCUGAGUAA